AAUCAUAAAACAAAAGCUACCCUUUACUCCUCUAGCAUAAUUGGAUUAUUGGUUUCUUUUAAUUCUUCUUUCGAUAUGUCGAACGGAGGAGAACCGGUGAAGGUGGUGAUCAUCAACACCGAGUAUGUCGAGACGGAUGCCACGAGCUUUAAGUCCAUCGUGCAAGAGCUGACCGGAAAAGAUUCGGAAGUUACAAGCAAUCCGCCGAGUCGGAGGAGCCGGUUUUACCAUGAAGAUCAGAUAAACAAAAAAGAACAGGCCGCUGCCGGGGUUGGGAGUGCUUCAUCUAGGUCGGGGGAGUCGGCGGCGUUGAUGAAAAACUUGUCGUUCAAGGAGUUCGAAAGGCUGCUAAAGGAGAUGCCUCCGGCGGAUGAUUUGUGGUGGAGGAUGGAGUGAGAUAAUAAGCCAUAAAUUAUACCCCA